UCGUGGUGCAAUUGUUGCGGGCUCGUUGCUUUUGAGUUUCGACACAAAGGUCUGCCACUGUGCUAGCUUGCUUCGGAUAUGCCUUCUGUAAUGCUCCCAUGCCUCCAUGGCCCAUGUGGAGCCUGCAGCGCGCUCCGUAAAGACUGAAGCAUAAGAUCGGCUCCCAACGUCCGGCAGUUACGAGCCGAAUCCACCGCGUAUAUUACGACAUCUUGUGCCCAUGAUAACAAGAGUUAGCGUACCACUUCCCGGAUAAUGCCUUCAUAUAGCGGCAAGGCAAAAGCCAGAGGCCAGGAAUUAUCAUCUUCGUCUUUCCUAUCGUUGAAAGCAGAUCUUGCUGAAAAGCGGCGUCAGAGUACUCGCGGCCAUGUCCAUGGUCUUGCUCGUACAGAUGCCGCAGGGUUCAUCGAAGAGAGUUCCAACAGAGCUGGAGAUGCGAUGGCAUCGUGGAAAAAGCCAGAGAAACGUCUUCCGGCUCAUCUUCGCCCAUCGCCCGGCGUCCUCUCUCGUGCCGACAAAGCUGGAGAAGUGGACAAAGGAAAAGGCAAGAUGACAACCUCGCGGUGGGCAUCGACUCCUUCUGCCGAGCUCGAACGCGAACGAGAGCGAGUCGCAGCGCUGCAGCGUAAAGCAGAGAUGUACGACAAGCUCAAAAGAGGUCUGCAUGGAGGCCUCACCGAACAAGAGCGGGAAAAAGCUCUCGGCCUGGUCGACUGGGAACGCAAAAUGGCGGAAAAAGAGGAGGAUGGAGGGAGUGAUGACGACUCGUGUGAUGCGGGUGCCAGUGGCAGCGAAUAUGAGGGUGAGGGAAGAAGGACUCCUGAGGUUCACACAACCUCAGAUGAUCCGAUCAUCGAGUACGUGGACGAUUUCGGCAGAACGCGCACUGCACGGCGCAGCAAGGUCCCACUUCAUUUGCUGCCAAUAUCGGGGACAGAGGGGUUGUUAGAUGACACCCAACGUACAGCCGCAGCUUUCGCUCUUCCUUCUGAGUCUCUCGUCUCCUACGGCCGGCAAACCGCGUUCCCCGUAUACCGACCUCCAUCACCGACGCUCGCCGAGCGUAAAGCGGCGAUAGAAGCCAAGCAAAGUGUCGGCGCAUCCAAGCAUUUCGACGCCAAGCACGAGAUCCGGAAUCGGGGUGCUGCGUUCUAUCAAUUUUCGAAGGACGAAGGGGAAAGACGUCGACAGAUGGAGAUGCUGCGAGCGGAGCGCAAAUCCACCGAACGAGAGCGACGGUUGCGAGAAGCUGAAGGAGUAGCCCAGGAGAAGGACCUAGGAGCGACAGAUGAUCCGUUCGCGGAUGUAGAGCGCAAGCACGGCAGGUCUAUCGAUGGCCAAGUACGACCGCAAGGUGACUCAUCCUCAACCGCACCAGUCCUUUCUUCAUUGCCACCACAAGCUUCGAGCCGCCCCCUCAGCACGGCGCAAAAGCGCUUGGCGGACAGACGAGCAGAAGUGGAGGCCAAGCGACGCAAGCUCCUCGGAGAUGCUGAGGUGGAGCGUCGCAAGAAGGAACAGCAGGUGCAAAGGGUCGAAAAGUUCCUCAACGACAUCGUUACGCAGGCAAAGAGCACAGGCCAGACGCAUUAGCGACGUCAUAAAUUCAGGCGGCACAGAUGCGCGUUCACUGUCCACGUAUAUAGCAUUGGAAAGC